AUGGCCAACGCCGCAGAACUGCGUCCUGGAGACGAAGGGUUCGAUGGUUUUCGUAUGAGGCUGCCCGAGGACUGUGUCGAGUACAUGCUAUUCAUCAUUGGCGAAAAGUCAGACAAUGAUCUCCCCAGCUUGGAAGCCGUUAAGAGGGCCGCUGAUAAAAAGCUGACGGAGCUGGCAAAGGACUACAUAUGGCAGCGAGAACCCUUCAAGCUCGAGACAAAAAUCCAGAAAGGACUGUCCUAUCUCCAUGGAACAACCCACUACGGCGACAAUGUGGAAGACGAGUGGUUCAUUGUCUACCUCCUCCGGGAGCUCACCAAAUCCUUCCCCAACCUUUGGGUCCGUGUCUCUGACAGCGAUGGCGAGUUUCUCCUAAUCGAAGCAGCCAAAGUCUUGCCCAAGUGGCUCAGUCCAGAAGACGACACCAACCGAGUGUGGAUUCACCAAGGCAAACUCCUUAUCAUCCCCCUAGACAACACACAGCCCAACAAGAACCUCACCCUGACAUCCGCCAUCUCAACCAUUACAUCCAGGCCCUCAUCCCUCCUCCACUCCCCCUUCAUCGAAGCCGAAUCCUUCUACCGCCUCGAGAAAUACCCCUCAGCCAUCUCCUCCACCACCCACCAUGCCCUCGUCACCAUCCCAAGAAAACUAGCCUACAUCCUCCACUCCCGCCCCCAAUCCAUCGCCCCCGCCACCGAAGCCUUCUACCUCCGAGACCCCGUCUCCCUCAAACCCCUAUUAUUCCCCUCAAUAACCACCCCCUUACUAUUCCCCCCAAAAGACCUCAUCACCAUCUCCAUCCGCUUUACCAAAGUCCUCUACGCCCAGCUCAAAUCCCAGCACUUUUCCCCCCCACCUCCAGCAUGGAAGUCAUUACUUCACGCCGCCGAGGUCGAAGCCGCCACGAACCCCACCGCCGACUCUGCACAAAAGAAGCUUGCGAGGUUAGAGCUGGGGAUGAAGCUCACUACGGGAUUUGAGCUGCUGUGUGCCGAUGACAAGGCAGAGGCUCACCCUAAUAGAGUCGUUCGGGAGGUGGCGUUGCUACUGGGGGAUCUGGCCGAGGAUGGGGAGGAGAACAUCCUGCCGUCUGAUGAGCAGAUUGAAAAGGAGUGGAAGGAUACCGAAAGGGAGGAUGAUGAUAGCUGGAUGGAUAUCGAUUACACUCAGCUUGAGAAGGAGCUCGCUGGCUCUGGAAGCGGCGGCGUCAAGGCCGAGAAAAUAAGGGGGGGUAAGGGGGGCUUUGGCGACGCCGGCACUCAGGCGGAUCUCCAGAAGAUAGUGGAGAGGUUUGAGGCGUUUUUGAACGACGAAGAUGCGGGUGUGGAUGGGGUUGUGUUGGGGGAUGAGGAUGAGGAUGAUGAUGAGAUGGAUGUGGAUGAUGAUGAUGACGAGAGCGACGAGGAUGAGGACUGGGAGGAUGAAGAUAAGGAAGUCGGUUUUGAUGAGGAGCAGUUCCAGAGGAUGAUGAGGGAGAUGAUGGGGUUGCCUGGUGAUGAUGGGAAAUCAUCGGGUGCACCGCCAGCAUCAGCAACAACACAAGACAAGGGAAAACAAAAAGCGGUUGUUGUUGAAGAAGUGGACUCAGAAAAUGACGAAGAUGAUGAGGGUGACGAGGCGGAAGAGAUCCAAAAGAUGAUGCAGCAGUUUGAGAGCGAGCUCAAGGGGCUGGGGGCACUGAGCUUGGACCCCAAAGCAACAGUCACAGAAAAAAGGAUCAAAGAUGUUGGAAGCUCAAGCAAAGCGCAAGAAAUCAGCGAAAACGAGGAAGAGGAGGUGGAUAUUGACUACAACCUCGCCAAAAACCUCCUCGAGAGUUUCAAGUCCCAAGCUGGUAUGGCAGGCCCAGCAGGGAAUCUGUUGGGGUUGAUGGGGGUUACCUUGCCCCGAGACGAGGAGGACGACUCCGACGAGGAAGAAGACACCACCACUACCGCACCCAUUACAGGCAAGGGUAAGGAAAAAGCAUGA